GUGGUUGGUGGGCGAGAAAAUUUGGGGAAAAUGUGAUUCUGUUGUUCAUGUGUUCAGAUCUGGAGGAAUCUUGUUCAUUUUUCUUCUGUUCCUAAAACCAGGAUUUGUGCCCAAUGGUAAAGAGCAUUCUUCUGCUAGACUCUGAAGGAAAGCGUGUGGCUGUCAAGUAUUACUCAGAUGAUUGGACGACUAAUGCUGCUAAGUUAGCUUUUGAAAAAUCUGUAUUCUCGAAGACCUCUAAGACUAAUGCUCGCACAGAAGCGGAAAUCUCACUGUUGGACAAUAAUAUUGUCGUCUACAAGUUUGCCCAGGACCUACAUUUCUUUGUAACUGGGGGUGAAAAUGAAAAUGAGCUCAUCUUGUCUUCUGUUCUUCAAGGAUUUUUUGAUGCUGUUGCACUUGUUUUGAGAAACAAUGUGGACAAGAUGGAAGCACUUGAGAAUUUAGAUCUCAUCUUUUUGUGUCUUGACGAGAUGGUCGAUCAGGGGAUGAUUCUUGAGACAGACCCCAAUGUGAUUGCUGGAAAGGUGGCAAUGCAUAGCGCAGAAUCCGGCGGCUCACUGUCCGAACAGACGUUAACUCAAGCGCUCGCAACUGCUCGGGAGCACCUUGCGAGAAGCCUUCUUACAUGAUUUUUCAUCAUGUCGACCGAGGAAACACCGGAGUUGAGAGGAACUCGCCUGCCUCUUCUUCAACCUUGUGGUAAGAACCCUUUGUAUUUUAUUUGGAUCACUUUCGUAUUAUGAGGAGACGAAAAAAAAAAACAUAUAUAUAUAUCCAAGUUUCCAAUUAAUUUCUCUUAAGAAUCUGCUCAGAAAGCUUGUUAUUGUUUUUUUAUUUCCCUUGGGGUAUUAUUUGGAUAGAGAAUCCGAAUUAUAUUUGCUGUAAAAGUGAAUGUGGUUUAAACAAAGUCAACGAAAUCACGUUAACCCUC